CGAACGCUACCUAAAGAAUUUGCCGAAUAGCCCUUACUCAUCAUCCAUGGCUGACACGUGCAAAAUAGAGGUUUUAUACGUAAACGACGCAAGCUCUCCUUUUAAUGCAAAGUUUCCGUAAAACUGAAACGAACCAGAAGAUAUCGACAAAUCACCACCUCCCGAGAUCCAAUAACAAACCGACGGUUAUCUGCAACCGACUCACUGCACCACCGUCGACGUCAACCGCCUCCACAUUUUAUCCUCUCACCGCCUUAAUUUGAUCCGGUUCAAUAUUCCGGUGACAUUACCGACGGUUGUUGUUUAUUCGAACGUGUUGGAGGAGGUAUGGAAUCGAUAAUGGCUAGGGCACUGGAAUACACUCUCAAAUACUGGUUCAAAUCCUUCACCCGAGAUCAGUUCAAGUUGCAAGGACGCACUGUUCAGCUCUCCAAUUUAGAUAUAAGUGGUGAUGCAUUGCAUGCAAGCCUUGGAUUGCCGCCAGCUUUGACUGUAAGCAUGGCGAAAUCUGGAAAGUUAGAGAUUGUGCUACCUUAUUUGAGUAAUGUACAAAUCAUGCCGAUUGUUGUGCAAAUUGAUAAGCUCGACUUGGUGUUAGAGGAGAAUGAUGAUGUGGAUUCGCGUAGGAGCACAAGCAGUGCACAAGCACCUUCUAAUUCAUCAAAAAGCAGUGGUUAUGGAUUUGCUGAGAAGAUAGCUGAUGGAAUGACAUUACAAAUACAAACUGUCAAUCUGUUACUUGAAACUCAUGGUGGUGGUAGACAUCUUCGAGGAGUAACUUGGGCAUCACCAAUGGCAUCUAUUACUAUCCGCAAUCUGGUGCUGUAUACCACAAAUGAGAACUGGCAGGUUGUAAACCUAAAGGCAGCAAGGGAAUUCUCAUGUGACAAAAACUUCAUCUAUGUGUUCAGAAAACUUGAAUGGGAGCAUCUAUGUAUCGAUCUUCUGCCCCAUCCCGAUAUGCUAUCAGAUGACUCGGAGGGAGCUUCUAACCGAAAGGAUGAUGAUGGUGCAAAACGAGUAUUCUUUGGUGGUGAACGGUUUAUUGAUGGAGUCUCUGGAGAGGCUUAUAUUACUAUACAAAGGACAGAUCUUAAUUGUCCACUAGGUCUUGAAGUUCAAGUGCAUAUUUCGGAAACAAUCUGCCCAGCAUUAAGUGAACCAGGGCUUCGAGCUCUUCUUCGCUUCUUCAUGGGAUUAUAUGUCUGUCUUAACAGAGAUGAUGUGAAUCCAACUGUUCAAGAGCAAUCAGCAGAAGCUGCAGGGCAUACACUAGUCUCCUUUACGGUAGAUCAUAUAUUUCUUGGCAUCAAAGAUUCUGGGUUCCAGCUAGAAUUUCUGAUGCAGUCACUUUUUUUCUCUCGGGCAAGUGUGUCUGAUGGCGAAAUUGGCAAAUGCUUAACUCAGUUCAUGGUUGGUGGGCUGAUUUUAAGGGAUACGUUCUCCCGCCCUCCAUGCCCACUAGUGCAACCGUCAAUGCAAAAUGCUGCAGAGGAAAUUCUACAAGUUCCAGAUUUUGGCAAAAAUUUUUGUCCUCCGAUAUAUCCACUAGGUGAUCAGCAAUGUAGACAAAACAACCCUUCAUCACUCUUAUCCAUUCAUUCCCUGCUAUAUAUGCCCUCUCUUUCCCCACCUUCAUUUUCAUCACAAACUGUGAUUGACUGCAAGCCCCUAACGAUUCAUCUUCAAGAAGAGUCAUGUCUAAGAAUAUUAUCCCUUUUAGUUGAUGGAAUUGUGGUUAAUCCUGAUGAUAUCGCAUCAGAUCCGUCCAUCAGCUCCCUUCAUUUAAAUAUCAAAGAAUUAAACAUUACCGUUCCACUCGAGGCUACGAAGCCUGAUCAUUUCACAUAUCACAACAACUCUAAAUACAACCUGUUUAAAGGGGCAAGGCUUCGUAUAGAAAAUCUAUACCUUUCUGAGUCACCUUCUAUGAAGCUCGGGCUCCUUAAUCUUGACAUGGAUGCUGCAUGUUUCUGUAUGUGGGAAGGCCAACCGAUUGAUUCCAGCAUGAGAAAAUGGACAGCUGGCGCUUCUGUUAUCGGUUUGUCUCUCGACACAUGUAACAACAACCCGAUUGGAGGUUGUAACUCACAGCUAAACUCUUCGGAACCAUGGAGAUGUGUGGAGUUGCAAGGUGUUUGUGUACAGGCGGCAAUGGUGACAUCAGACGGAAGUCCAUUACGAAACAUUCCGCCACCUGGCGGAAUCGUCAGAGUAGGAGUUGCUUGUGAGCAACUUGUGUCCAACACUUCGAUUGAACAGUUAUUUUACGUGUUAGAUUUUUAUACUUUUAUUGAUAAUGUUAGUGGUAAAAUGGCGAUGACUGGAAAAGAUAAAUGGAGUGAGAUGGUUAAAAAGGAAUCUUCCGAUUAUAAAAGUUUUAGCCAAAAGGGUCCUGCGGGUCCUGCUGAUACUGCUAUCAGCUUAGCAUCUAAGAACAUGAAACUAAAGUUUCUAGAACCUUCUUCUCUAGAUACUCAGGGAACACCUCUAGUUCAGUUCAUUGGAGAUAAUUUAUUACUGCAAGUUAGUCAUAGAACAUUGGGUGCUGCAAUGGCAGUUUCGUCAACGUUACGCUGGGACAAAGUACAAGUGGACUGUGCAGCAAAUGGUACGGUGUCACCUGGCUCUGAAACGAGAGCUGUAUUUUGGGUGCAAAACAAGACGGAUUUUAGAUCAAGAAACAACACAGACUUGAUUCCGUUUUUGAAUUUAAGCGCAGUGCAUGUAAUCCCAUACGAUGCACAAGAUAGAAACUGGCAUAGUUUACGUGUGUCUGGUUGUAUUGCGGGUGUACGCCUUGCUGGCGGGAUGAAUCACACUGAAGCUUUACUUCACCGUGUUGGGGUUUUAGGGCCAGAUGGCAGGCCAGGGGCGGGACUCUCGAAAGGUCUAGACCGUUUAUCUACAGGACCUUUGUCAAAACUAUUCAAAGCGUCACCUCCAUCUGCCAGUGAGGUGAGGGAGAGUCAAAAUGAAAGUAUAGGGGGCAAGAACAGUAGUUAUGUGAACUUGGGUGCACCAGAGGAUGUGAACGUAUCACUAGAAUUAAACGAUUGGCUUUUUGCUCUGGAAAGCAUGGAGGUAAUGUCCGAACGGCUUAUAUUCAACGAUCUUGAGGAUUCUCAAAGAAAAGAAAGAUCCUGGCACACGUGUUUCGAGAGUAUUAAAGUUCAAGCAAAUGGAAGCAAAAAUGACACUGAAGCACACAAGUAUCCUGUUGAACUAGUCAAGGUUCGGGUUGACAGCUGGAAGACCGUUAAACCUCAGCAAAAGGGAAAUACACUUGCAAAAGUAGAGCCACAUGACGGGAUGGAUCUUGAAUUUGACCUAGCACUUUCUCAAGAUAAUGAUGUCAAUCGGACAAUUAGUUGCGCAUUGGAACAUUUGAAAAUUUCCUCAAAACAACCGAUUGAGGUGGUUGUAAGUAAGGAAGAAAUUCAGCGUGUUUCAGAAUUAUGCAAGAUGGAAAUCAAUUCAUUUGGGCGAAUAGCUGUCGGGAUCCUGCAAUUGCUUAAGCUUGAUGGGUCAGUUGGUCAGACAGCCCUGAACCGAUUAAGCAACCUUGGAAGUGAUGGUGUUGAAAAGAUAUUUUCUCCAGGAAAGCAAAUUACGGAUGCUAAACCUUCUAGCUUUGACCAUGGUCAAACUUCGGAUUCACCUCCAGAUAACCAGUGUUCUUCUUCUUCACUUGAUUCAACUUUAUCUUCACUCAACGCAGAAUUGUUGGAUUCCCAAUCCGAUUGUGCAACCCUCUGUGCCGAAUUAAGCACUUCAGAUUCUAGUAAUCCCCGCGUACAACAACUUGCUCAAAGACUAGAGAGUAUGCAAAGAUUAUUGACCAGGUUGCGGACUCAGGUAUGAAUACGUACCGAUCAUGUAAAUUUUUAUUCAUUUUUUGUAUACUAGUUAUAUGUAUUAUCAUUAGGUAAAUUGUUCGAUAUAGUCAAGCUUUACAUAUGUUGUCUGGAAAUUUUGUACCAACUGCCCUUAUUUGUGUAGUUGGUAGAGUUAGUGAAACUUAGUCUGGGUUACGGCUGGACCAACAUACACGUGACACCGUUUUUAAAGUGUAAUAUAUGUAUCAGAAUCUCGAGUGCGUUUCAUCGCACACUUUCAAAAGGUAACUCCAAUUGUUAA